GGGAUCGGCACCGGGAGCGGUGGGUACGGGGGCACCUCCCGGGCCGGGCAGGGCCGGCUCCCUCCCCCGUGGGCACUGCGCCACGUAUGCCAGCGGGAAUCGCAUUAACUGGGAAAAAAAGGCCUCGCUUAUGUCUAUGUGCUGUGAGCACUGGCAGCCAGGAGCACUGCAGUCAUCCAGCUCGAGGGACCUGUGAUGAGUUUGAAAUCUGGAGCAGCUUGGACUAUGUGUGAGCUGUCUGCACCCUCUUGAGCUUCCAUCUCUCCCACAGUGGCAGCUGGCACCGCUGGAUAAAGCUGUUGUUCAGUUUUACAGACCAGGUUUCUGCAGAAGAGGAAGAAGGGGCUUCACUCCGCAGGAGCGAUGAGUGGCGUGUCACAUCAGGAGCCACCCUGUUAGACGUCCUCAAGGUGUUUCCCAGGACGUGCCAUCACACAGCUGGACACUCCUCGUGACUGCCCUGUCCUGCCAAAGGGGACCUGCCUCGUUCCUGCCCUGCUGGAGCCCCGUGUGCUGUGCUGCCACUUCAGAGCCGUUUCUGUGCGAGCGGGCUGAGCCACAGCUGGCAGCCGCAGGGGCUCUGCCGCAGCGGGAGGUGCUUCGUGCCAGCCAUGUGCCCAGCUGGGUGGCACCCACAGCCCCCUGACCCCGAGGGCCCGUCUCAGUAGCCACCCUGGGAUCUGCUGCCCCGCGCCGUUGAUGUUGAGCGUGCUGUGUUUCAGGGUGCUGAGGAAGAUGCAGAGGCGGCACAGCAGCAACACAGACAACGCGCCUCCUGAAAGGAACCGGAGCCAGACGGUCAGCUCGGAGACCAGCGUGGAUGAAGGAGGGGUGUUUGAGAGCCUCAAGGCCGAGGCCUCCUCCCCGCAGCAGCUGUUCUCGGGGCUGGCCGGCAUCCCCUCGGGCACGCUCACGGCCGCGCCGUUCCAGUCGGGAUUGGUGCUGGGCUCCUCGGCGGGAGGCGGGGAGGUGUUCAUCCAGAUGCCGGCCCCGCGGGAGGAGGGGGCCGGCCGUGCCGAGGGAGCCCCGUUCCACCACCGCCAGCCCUCCCACCACUUCCACCACGGCCACCACCGCGGCUCGUCCCUGCUGCACAUGGCCGGGGGCGACCGGCACGGCCACAGCGAGGAGGGCACGGAGGAGCAGGGCGGGACCCCGGCCCCGGCCCUCUCGGAGCUAAAGGCUGUCAUUGGGUGGCUGCAGAAGGGCCUUCCCUUCAUCUUGAUCCUCCUGGCUAAAGUUUGUUUCCAGCACAAGCUUGGGAUUGCUGUGUGCAUCGGCAUGGCCAGCACCUUCGCCUACGCCAACUCCACUCUCCGAGAGCAGGUCGCUCUGAAGGAGAAGAGAUCAGUGCUGGUUGUGUUCUGGAUCCUGGCCUUUCUCACUGGGAACACCUUGUACUUGCUUUACACCUUCAGCUCCCAGCAGCUCUACAACAGCCUGAUAUUUCUGAAGCCCAACCUGGAGAGGCUGGACUUCUUCGACCUGAUGUGGAUCGUGGGCAUCGCCGACUUUGUGCUCAAGUACCUCACCAUCGCCCUGAAAUGCCUCGUGGUGGCCCUGCCCAAGAUCAUCCUGGCUGUCAAGUCCAAGGGCAAGUUUUACCUGAUCAUCGAGGAGCUGAGCCAGCUGUUCCGAUCCCUGGUCCCCAUCCAGCUGUGGUACAAGUACAUCAUGGGGGAUGAUCCCUCCAGCAGCUACUUCCUGGGAGGAAUCCUCAUCAUCACCUACAGCCUCUGCAAGUCUUUUGACAUCUGUGGCCGUGUGGGAAGUGUCAGGAAGGCACUGAAGGUCCUCUGCACCCCCCAGACCUACGGGGUGCGUGCCACCAGCCAGCAGUGCAGCGAGGCAGGAGACAUCUGUGCCAUCUGCCAGGCAGAGUUCAGGGAGCCCCUGAUCCUCAUGUGCCAGCACGUGUUCUGCGAGGAGUGCCUGUGCCUGUGGUUCGACAGGGAGAGGACGUGUCCCCUGUGCCGCUCGGUCACCGUGGACACCCUGCGCUGCUGGAAGGAUGGCACCACCUCUGCCCACUUCCAGGUCUACUGACACGGGGCAGGGGAGAGGAGAACCCGGACAGUCACCCCGUUUUCCCCUUUAGCUGCCCCCAGUGUUUGUUGUCAGCCCCUCCCAGCUCCCUCCAGGAGCACCAGAGCAGUCGUCACGGGCCAGGAACUGCGGCCUCCAAGGCAAGGAG